AUGUCUUCAAUUAGAAAUGUUCCAGUAGACACAUUGCGUAAAGAUUAUCGUCUCGCGAGAGGUUAUGUAAAUGAAUUUAAUGAUCUGUUCAAGAUCUGCAAGAAAAACGAACACGACUUGCAGGUAUUCAUCAACAAAUGCCUCCGACAGAUUCUACAAAUCAGAUGGCCAAACAAGAUCAGUAAUUCAGAUCUGUGGAAUAGAACAGGCCAGUCAUCUAUUUCAAGCACCAUCAAGAAACGUAAAUGGCAUUGGAUAGGACACAUUCUGAGGCGACCCCAACACAACAUCACAAGGCAAGCAUUGGAUUGGAAUCCUCAAGGUAAAAGAAGAAGAGGCAGACCAACAACCACCUGGAGACGAACAAUAGAAGCUGAGUUGAAAAGCUGCAAUAUCACCUGGGCAGAAGCAAAAAGAGCAGCAAUGAACCGACCCAGAUGGAGAGCUGUUGUGGAUGCCCUUUGCCCCACUAGGGGAUAA